AUGAGCUUAUUGGGUAAGGCAAAAACUGCGGCAAUGUCACGAAUAAGCGGUGUGCGAAAGCUGCGGACCGCGUGUGGUGGGCAGAUUCCCGAGUUUGGCGUGGAAGGCCAACGUGAAUUAGCCGUUCAUAUGCAAAGGUUAGACGAAUGGGGACCGAACGUUUUUAAAAUUCAAGAGCUCAGCAAAGGACACUCGCUUACGGCAAUUACUUACACUAUAAUAAAG